CCCAAAAGCGAAGGGGAUUGGGCGCCCCCUCCUCCCUCACGCAAAGGCGGCACCGCGGCAGCACCUCCUCUCCUGUCGAGUUCAAGGAGCAGCGCGAGGCGGGGGAGGAAGACGCCGCCGGCCGCGCCCCCCUCCUCCGGCCUCCACCAGCCCGCCUCCGUUCCACGCGGGGCCGAAGGAAAGGGGAGAGGCGCCCUAUCCGGCUCCCGGAGCGGCUGCAACCUCGAGGUUGAGCAGAAACUAUAUCUUCUAGGCGAUGGCGGCGACCAUGGUUGCGAUGACGGCGAAGAGCAAGAACAGCGUGCUAGCCGUGGAGAAGAAGCAGGGCUGGUCUAUUCAGCUCCCGGAGCUGCGGUUCCCAUGGGAUUCGCACGAAGACAAGGGCUUCUCUCUAAGCCUGCAAGGCUCUGGGCCUGCUCAUGGCGGGCUGUUUGCCAGCGUUGGUCUUAAGGUGUCGGCGGGUGCGCCAGCAGUGGCUCCCAGUCCGGGGGAGAAGGAUAUUAAGAUUCCCUUCGCUGAUCAUUGUAUAAAGUAUGUCUCCGAGGCAGUUGGGUACCAAGUUAUUAGCACCGAGGCUGAGCCGGUCGAGGAGGAGGUGGUCGAUGGUAAGGCAAAGAAGAAGGCGAAGAAGCACGGGCUGAAGCUCAAAAUCAAGAUUGGGAAUCCACAUUUGAGGCGGCUGGUCAGUGGUGCUGUUGCGGGGGCUGUCUCCAGGACUUGUGUGGCGCCGUUGGAGACGAUUAGGACUCACUUGAUGGUUGGGAGCAAUGGGGACUCGAUGACAGAGGUGUUCCAGUCGAUCAUGAACACUGAGGGGUGGACUGGGCUGUUCCGUGGGAAUCUUGUCAACGUUAUCCGUGUUGCGCCAAGCAAAGCAAUUGAGCUGUUUGCUUUUGAUACAGUCAAAAAAUUCUUGACUCCAAAGGCUGACGAGCCCCCUAAAACCUUCCUCCCUCCAUCUCUUGUUGCUGGAGCACUUGCUGGAGUCAGCUCAACGUUGUGCAUGUAUCCUUUGGAAUUGAUUAAGACCAGAUUGACGAUAGAGAAAGAUGUCUACAACAACUUCCUUCAUGCUUUUGUCAAGAUUCUACGUGAGGAAGGCCCAUCAGAGCUGUACCGUGGUCUGACACCGAGUCUGAUAGGAGUGGUGCCAUAUGCCGCGACUAACUACUACGCGUACGACACCCUGAAGAAGCUCUACAGGAAGACGUUCAAGCAGGAGGAGAUCAGCAACAUAGCAACCCUCCUCAUCGGCUCAGCUGCUGGUGCCAUCUCAAGCACCGCCACUUUCCCGCUCGAGGUGGCCCGCAAGCAAAUGCAGGUUGGAGCAGUUGGUGGGAGGCAAAUCUACAAGAAUGUGUUCCAUGCCCUGUACUGCAUAAUGGAGAAGGAAGGGAUUGGCGGCCUGUACAAGGGGCUUGGACCCAGCUGUAUCAAGCUGAUGCCUGCGGCGGGCAUCUCCUUCAUGUGCUACGAGGCCUGUAAGAAGAUCCUGGUCGAAGAUGAUGCAGAGAGCGAGUGAAGCAUUUGCCCCUGAAGAGUCCUGGAAGAAGGCGGCGGAGGAUUAUACCAUCGUUUUUAUUUCUACCGAGAAUUGGAUUAUCGACUCAUGGAAAAUUUAGGUCUGAUACUUGAAGUAUCUGUUAGGUCACAUUUUGGCUUAAGCUAGCUUUGUGUUGAGAUCCAUCCAUAAACAAUAUUCUCAGUUGACGGUGCAUGUUGCGAAAGCAGUUUUGUCAUGACCAUGUUUAGUACUCUCGCUGCUACUUCUGUGGUCCAACUUUUUGCCUGCUCAAUAGUCCUGCUCCAUUCAAGUUAUGUUUA